GCUGGUGCCACCGCUGCCCAUCAUGUCGGUGUAGAAGGAAAACAAAACCCGCGACAGCCUCCAGAAUGGCCGGGGGAGAGGAGGAGAGAGGGGUGGUCCGUGUCAAAGUCAAGAAAUGUGAUGGCGUGCUUCCUGUGGAAUUCCGCUCCUUUGCUGUUGAUCCCCAGAUCACAUCACUGGAGGUUCUGCAGCACAUCCUCAUCAGAGCCUUCGAUCUGAACGGGAGGCGUAAUUUCGGCAUCAGCUACUUGUCUCGAGAUCGGAGCGAAGCUGAAAUGUUUCAGUCGCUGCUGUCCGACGGGGAUUUGGAUGUGGCAUUUGUCAGUGCUGCCAAACCACAUCUGCAGCUCAAGAUGGACAUAAAACCUUCAGAAGACAGUCCUGUCAUGGAGGAUUGGGACAUCAUAAGCCCCAAAGAGGUGAUUGGCUCCGAGCAGCUCCUCGCAGAGAGGACCCGGUCUUUGGCGAAUGCAGCUCUUCCAUUCACCCAGUCGCUGCUUUCUCAGGUGGGCCGCACCCUGUCCCGAUUCCAGCAAGCCUUCAGCUGGUCUUAUGGCGAAGAGAUCAAGCCUUUCAAGCCCCCUCUGAGCGACGCAGAGUUCCACCAUUACCUGAACGGCCAGGGGCAGCUGACGCGCCCUGAGGAACUCCGACUGCGCAUCUACCACGGGGGCGUUGAGCCUUCACUGCGCAAGGUGGUUUGGCGGUACCUCCUCAACGUCUACCCCGACGGACUGAGUGGACAAGAACGAAUGGACUACAUGAAGAAGAAGACGAGGGAGUACGACCAGCUGAAGGGCGAGUGGACGGGCCGGGUCAACCACGACGACCUGGAAUUCAUCCGUGGCAACGUCCUGAAGGACGUCCUGAGGACAGACCGGGCUCAUCCUUACUAUGCCGGCUCGGAAGACAGUCCACAUUUGACGGCCCUCACGGACCUGCUCACCACCUUUGCCAUCACACAUCCCCAGAUCUCCUACUGUCAAGGCAUGAGUGACAUUGCCUCUCCUAUACUUGCUGUCAUGGACAACGAGGCGCAUGCCUUCAUUUGCUUCUGUGGAAUCAUGAAACGCCUGGAGGGGAACUUCCGGCCCGACGGGCAACUCAUGUCUGUCAAGUUCCAGCAUCUGAAGCUGCUGCUGCAGUACUCUGACCCCGAGUUCUACUCCUACCUGGUGUCCCGGGGAGCCGACGACCUCUUCUUUUGUUACCGCUGGCUGCUGCUGGAGCUCAAGCGGGAGUUUGCGUUCGACGAUGCUCUGAGGAUGCUCGAGGUAACUUGGAGCUCUUUGCCCCCCGACCCUCCUGAAACCGAAGUGGAGCUCCAGGGGCCGCCGGUGGAACCCGACGGCCCCCCGUCCGGCGCAGACGAGGACGAGGCGGGGGAGAAAGGCCCCGGGGGGGAGGCGGAAGAGAAGGAGAAGCAGCGUAAGCGACACAUGCUGAGGCCUUCAAGAGAAGGACAAGAUAAUGCCGACAGCGCUGUCCUCGCAGGAACAGACCCGACAAAUGUAGGCGCUGCAAACGGGGGCGAGAGGCCACAAUGUGCCAAUCCUCCGGUUGAGAGGAAAACCAGUUUUGGGGAGUUUAAAUACUACACUGCCCGGAGUGAAGACAGUUUUCAUGCGGAGGACGCGGAGCGGCCACAUGGUCUCAAGUCCGUAAGAAGCGUCCCGCGGCGCCAGUCCACCGCUGACAGCGAGGAGGACACGGGAGAAAGAACGCCUCUCAUUAACAACUGUACCAAUGGCUUCUCCCCGACGCCGUCGCCUCCUCUCACCUCCGGUGGCCUGCCCAUCCGGAAGGCUGGUCCCUCUGCCUACCCCACGUCCCUGGCUUCACCCUCCAGCUGGCCCGGUGCCUCUCCAGACUCUCCUUCAAGGUCCACGUCCCGGGCAACCACCACUGGGAGUGUGGACCUGCUGAGGACCGUCCCGAGGGCGAUGACCUCCUCGGCCCAGACGCUGGGCAGCACGGGGAUUAACUCGCCCACGACCCCCACAGUGAAGACAGCCGCUGCGUCUCCGACCCACAACCGGUGCCUGCUCUCUUCACCCAUCUCGUCCUUCGGGAGACGCCCUUCGCUGUCUGGCAGCCGGUCGUCCCCCAGCACCGCCGCCAACACUCCCGGUUCUCUGAAAGCCGAGACCAGCAGCAUCAAGCCGUGCGCCCUGCCGCCUCCGCAAGAGUUCGGCAAAGGCAAUCCCUUCAUGCUGUUCCUGUGCCUGUCCAUCCUGCUGGAGCACCGGGACCACAUCAUCAAGAACAGCUUGGACUACAACGAGCUGGCCAUGCACUUUGACCGCCUGGUGCGGCGCCACAACCUGAGCAGGGUGCUGCAGCGGGCCAAGGCGCUGUUUGCAGACUACUUGCAGAGCGAGGUGUGGGACUCGGAGGAGGGGGAUGAGGUCAGCUCGGACUCCCCGACCUCCGCUGCCGGUGGUCCACACUCCCCGUCGUCGACCGCCUCUGCGCGGCCCGUGUACAGCCCCUCGGCGUCGCCCCCGCCAUUGUCUCCCAACUCCACGUACAACCUGGCCACCACCGUAGCCUCCCCGACAGCUCAAGUCUCCCAUUCUCCCACGUCCUGAUUGCACCACGCUCCCCGUCCCGUUGGAGGUGUGGACAGUUUUAUAGAGCGACAUCCGCAUUGACUUGUGUUGUUCGUGGUCUUCUCAUUCCGUAUACGCUUUAAUACAUAUUUAUAUUUCCUUUAAUCCCUGAAGGCGCUGUGAUGCAUGGAAUGUUGGACCCGGUGGUUCUGCUGUCAGGCUUCUUCUAACCGUUGUUGUCUUUUUUUAUGGGCUUGUUUACAAGCUCCUGUUCCGUCCAAUAAGCCACACACAUGUCUUAAGUCAAGUUCUGUGGGUUCUAACCCGAGUUCUUAGCAGCCGGGCAGAAGGUCAUGCUAAUGACAACACUUGGAGACGAGACCAGCACGCAUGCUGUACUUCCCUGGCCGCCUUGACCCAGUCCGUCACCGUGAACCUUAAAGACCGAACGAAAGCUGCGUUGACACAACGCGGAGGGCGCUGAGGUCACAUUGCUCCAAUGAGACGUGUCCAGACGUCUCUGCUGUGCACCUUUCAGCUGUUUGACUGUCUGAACCCUCAACGGGGGAGAUGAUGCCCCAGUGUUUCCCCAGGUUUACAACCUUGGGCUGGGGGGGGGGCACUGAUGUAAUGGGAGGGGAAACGCUGCUCACUGACCACAUUAAGGAAAACACCAAAUAUUUAAAGGGCAACUCCUUUGGUGUUGGAUGAAUCCACUUCAUAGACCGAGAGGCCGAUUCCCACAGACGGGCUGUCUGGGGUGUAAAGGUGCUCCAUGUUCUAUCCCAGGACCCGUUAGGACCCCUCAGUUCUCCCAGUUCGGCCAUGGACACUCGCUCCUCAUUUCAAUGUGGGCUGGACCAGUUUACCAUGCAGGGAAGAUUGCAUUAUGGGAAAUGGUGUAUUUAGUAGGGUCUCUUGGUCUCCUAAUGUCGCCUAAGCUUGGGUGCAAUAGUGGAUGACAAAUUGAACACACCUUCCCGGAGGCGGUCGGGGAACCGGGCGUCUGCUCUACUGCAUCAGGACGCGUGAUGCCCAGGAAUGAGGGUGGAAGCGGAACGCCGUUGCCAUGGCGAUAAACAUACCCUCCUUCGUACUGUUUGUGUUGUGCUGUAGAUGAGCUGAUGUGUGUUCUUUACCCUGUCAUGUGUUUUAUGAGCUUAAUCCCAUUUCUGCUGUGGCCAAAACCAAACCGUCUGUGGUUAAUGUUGCUUCCAUGACGACAUUUAAGAGACAGCUUUCCAUGAUGGUUAUUUUAUGUUACCAAGUGCACCACGCACAUGCAAACUACAACAGUAGUUAAGGAAGUACUGUGCAGUAUUUCUUGCUCUGUUGGCUCAAUAUUCAGAGAUGUAUCAAAUUAGCACUUUGGUUCUUGCUGUUUCCCAAAGACUGUCUGUGUGCCGUUUGCCUGAGACAUGACGACACACUUCUCCUAAUGGGGCAGAGCUGCUGGUAGCGCUUACCGACGCUCUCUAUUAGUAUAAUUACUAUCUUUACCAUCCUCUUUUUGUGCGGUAGACUUUAUAAAGAGGAAUACGAUGUGAUGCCACUUGGCAGAAAAAAAAGGUGCGACAUAUUGGCAGAGAAGUGCCUCACUUGUUUAACGCCUUGGUUUCUGUUUCCGUUGGUGCUCUUCACAUCUGUCUACAUAGCCUGUCAGCGGGCAGAUGUUCCUGCUCAAUGAUUGGCCGUCAGACAUUGGCUUGGAUGGUGUCCUGCGUCCUCCGACGGAGUGAACUGGAUUGUUUCAGUGACUGCGUGCAUGGUGUUCACUGCAAAGGAAGAUUAUUAUUUAUAUAUAUAUAUAUAUAUAUAUAUAUAUAAAAUAUACAUGAAAUGAUUUUGUCCUAGGAAACUAGGUAUCUCUAUUUUUUAUGAAUUUGGCCUUUUAAAACCUUUUUUGUGCUUUCAAACUUGAAAAUAAAACUGGCCACACAUGUAUCUCUAAUUUAUUGCACCCAAAGCAGACGUCCGUCUUUGCUCCUAUCCGGUAUGAUCUAGUUGUACGCUGUGGUGGACACCAUGCAGGCAAAGGGUCCAUCUGGGAGCCGUCCUCACACAACUUGUAACACAAGAAAGUCACCAGUCAGCAACAGUGUUACUUUUUGUUUCCUUUCAAGGUCCGAAAAUGUUGACAAAGCUCGGCCUUAUUUUUUUUGCACUAUGAAAAGUUAAAUGAAGGUAGCAAUGUUAAACAUGAAUUACGUGUUCUGAAGGAAUCGUGAGCUGAGAUGUGCCCCUUUGUAACUGUGCACCAGAACAAAGUGGUGAAAUGUACCUAAUGUCAUCAAGUUGGUUUAUUUGCUUUCACAGCAUUGUUUACCAGCAGGACUUUGGUCCUGGUUUUGAGUGGCCUGUGUUGGACUUGCUCAGUCUGCAAUGCUGAAGGGUCAACAAGUGUGAUGACGCACCUCUAAUGUGGAAACCCCUCUUCAACAAGUCAGCAGAGUAUCUAAAGUAAUUCUCCUGACUCUGGAAACAUCUUUAGUAUUAUUAUUAUUAUUGUGGUUAUUUUGCUUCCAUUUGGCCUCCUUUUGUAUAUCAGUAUUUAAGAAUCACAAGAACUGCAGCUGGGUCACAGUUUUUCGGCGGGGGUGUACGGACGGGCGCCGUCGGUCCGCUGGUGGGACGUGCUGGCCCGUGUGCUGGGGGGCAUGUCGCGGUGGGGGGACACGGAGCUGGACUAGGAGCUAGCAACAUAUGCAUUUACAAUAAGACACAUUUGUUUAUAUCAUUAAAUAUGUGUGCACAAAGUUAAACCUUUUAAUUCUAUAACACACAACCAUGUUACGGAUUGUAUAUUGGACACAAAUAAAUGAUAAUGCAACCGA